AAUUAUAGGAUUAGUAUCACAAACCUCCGAACUAACUCUCACUCUCACCAUGUCAUCAUCUUCUUCAAUGGAAUCCAAAAUCUCAUCCUCCCUCACUCUCCCUACUCCAAAUUCCAACAAACUCUCAACAACCUUCAACGAUUUCAACAACCUAAUCAACAACUUCACAACCCUAACUCUCACUCCACCUUUCGCCUCAAUCUCCGAUUCACCUCAACCCCGGUUCAAAUCCGGUUCAACCAAUUCCCAAACCCUCCUAAAAAACCUAACCGUCAUCGAACGCGCUUUCAUUGGCGCAGGCGGUGGCGGUAUCGCUGGUGCAUUCACUUACGCUUGUCUUCAUCCUCUUGAUACUAUCAAAACCAAAAUGCAAGCCAAAGGCGCUUCACAAAUUUACAAAAAUACCCUUGAUGCUGUUUCGAAAACUUUCACUACAAAUGGAAUUUUAGGUUUUUACAGCGGUUUUUCUGCUGUUGUUGUAGGUUCUACAGCUUCAUCUGCGGUUUAUUUUGGAACUUGUGAAUUUGGUAAGUCUUUUUUGUCUAAACAGAAUUGUCCUAAGAUUUUGAUUCCUCCGAUUUCUGGUGCUUUAGGGAAUGUUUUAUCGUCUGCGAUAAUGGUUCCGAAGGAAUUGAUAACGCAGCGAAUGCAAACCGGUGCCAAAGGUAGGUCUUAUGAGGUUUUGAUUAACAUUCUUCAAAAUGAAGGGGUUUUGGGUUUAUAUAGAGGCUACUCAGCUACAUUGUUGAGAAAUUUACCUGCUGGUGUUUUGAGUUAUUCUUCGUUUGAGUAUUUGAAGUUGGCGGUUAUGAAGAGUACGAAUAAGAAUCAUUUGGAACCGAUUCAGAGUGUGAUUUGUGGGGCGUUGGCAGGGGCGAUAUCGGCUUCGAUUACCACACCUUUGGAUGUUGUGAAGACGAGGUUGAUGACGCAGGCAAGGAAUGAGGCGGUUGGGAAGGUUGCCACGGUUAUGUAUGGUGGGGUUAAGGAUACCAUUAGGGAGAUUUUGAUGGAAGAGGGGUUGGUUGGUUUUACGCGUGGAAUGGGUCCUAGGGUUCUUCAUAGUGCUUGUUUUUCGGCUUUGGGUUAUUUUGCUUUUGAGACUGCUAGGAUUGCUAUUUUGAAUGAGUAUGUUAAGAGGAAGCAAUUGAAUUUGGAGGAUGCGGUUGUUGUUUCUGGUAGUAGUUGAGUAUGGGAAUUGGAUUCGAUUUUGUUACGAUUUUGAAAGUUGAUUAAAGUUUAUUGGCUGGAAGUUGAAUUUGGGUAGUUUAUGUUAUAUUGAAGAGCAGUGCUAUAUGUCGUGAUGAAAAACCGUGAAUAUCACAAAAGCGCGUGUGUCAGAAUUUCAGACAAAUAAGGAAAUUUUGAUUAGGCUUUUGAUGGAAAACAUAUCAGUGGUCAAUGAGAUUAUUUUGCGACACUUCGUGAUGGUACAUUUCGUUACAUCAAGCAAUUUCUUAUAAUGACUUGUUUGAUUUGACAUGAAUGGUGUUGGUUUUAGAUGCUCUGUGAAUGUAUCAAUUGCUGAUUGCAGUUCUGAAUUUGUGGCAUUGUAUUUUAUAGCUUAAUUGUUAUGAAGAAUCAAGUUACUUGAUUUUUGUAAGGCUUUUUAAUCAAAUAAGUGGAUUUUUCUUUGGAAAUUUCAGUUAUGUUAGUCGAUCAUAAUACAAUUGUUCA